AUGCUGCCCCUCAGCCGCCCCGUUCGGUGGGUACCACGACACUGGCUCCAGUACAAAGCCUUGGAUGUCGGGAAGUACAUCGGGUCUGGUGGACCCACCGGGAGAGGCGCUUUGACGGCGCCAUCCCUGCCAAGUACCCGCCGCAGGAUCUCACAGACCCCGAAGCAAGAUGGAUGCCGGAGAAGCGCACGUAGGAUAGCUUGUCCUCGGAGAGAACACGGGGUACACGCUCUCGACCACACCCGCCAAGGGCCACCACGCACACAGGAUGUGCAAGUGCGUGAGGGCUGGCAUCGAGGGCGGCAGGUCCUGCGGCAGGUUGCGGAGCGACGGGAACCGGUCCUCCGCGAGACGCAGCGUCAGGUGCGAGAGCCUCGGGCACUCCGUCGUGAGGAGAGCAGGGAACAUGGCGAAUUGCCAGAACGCAUUGUGGAAGAGACACGUGAGCGACUCGAGGGACGGCGCGACGAGGGUGAGGAUAGCCUGCAACCGCCGAGCCGUGUCAAGCCCAGCUUGCUCCCGCAUUUUUCGGGUGGUAUCAUUCCCGAUAUUCCGGUCGAGGAUGUCGAGCGCGUACUGGCUGUCACUCGUCAUGAUACGGUGAUUUGGGCAUCUGUCUCGCCAUAUGAGCGUAGAAGUGCAGAUCUGGGACCAGAAGCCAGAAGGUGUUUGACGAAUGUCAGACGUACGCGGCUCGUCGAUGAUCUGGUCCCGCUGGGAUCCAGAGUCCCGAGUCCAGCAGAAUCAGACAACAGCAACGAAGACAAUUUCGAGUCAUUCUGGAAGCAGUCAGACGAAGAAGCGCACGGAGACAGGCACCAUCGUGAAUGCACUAAAUGUAACCGAGUAAAGUACAAUGCAGGACACCCUGGACGAGGUUGUUCAGCGCCACAUGGACUGGCGGCUGGAUGGAUUCUGCGCGAAACCAAUGGAGGCAUCCCACGGGACGGAGUCGCGUCUCUGGAUUCAGAGAGGCGCCAUCGGUGUCUAUCCGAAAGCGUAUAUUGGAUAAGCAGAGAUACAGGGAGCAGAACCGAGGCGAUGCGACAGAUGAAAGCUCCAACGUGGACGAUAUGUCACGCACGAGAUGGUUGGGUCAAAGUUAUACCGUGCACCAAGAAUAUCACCGUUGGCAAUCGGACGUAUGGGCUGGGCGAGGGCCAUUCUUACCACUCGGAUGAGCCAGGAGAUCAUCGUCGCCUGUCACAUGUACUCCCGUAUGGCGAGAAGGGAUGGCAAACAGCGUUCAAAGAGUCACAAGAGAACACGAAGACGAUGUUCCACAAGGGUAUGAGAAGACGGCAGCAUGAAUUCCUGCUGAAGGAAGCGAGCCGCGAGAAAGCCUUUGCGCAAGCCCAAGCCGCCUGGGAACGCAGAUGGCAAUGGCAAGCGUACUUGGCAUCGCAGAGCGACGAAUAUCUCGACUCUCGAGACCAGAGGGCCGAGGACUUCCAAGUAAGCCAGAUGAACCGCGACACAAACUUCUACAGCCACCAGCGAGACGAGGCGAAAGAGAUUCCACGAGUUCAGCGAGGAGGGGAGGGACGAGUUCUGAGAGAAUCAGAGCGAGCGGAAUUCGUAUGGAGCAUGUCUCCAAGACGCCUGCGGGGCCUAGGGAACCAGAGGCUGUGUAUCGCGGUAGAAGCGAACCCGGGCGAGGAUUGA